AAGAAUGGAAAGAAACCUCAAUCACAAAGAUACGAAUCUCUUAAGGGAGUAGACCCCAAGUUCCUGAGGAACAUGCGCUUUGCCAAGAAGAACAACAAGAAGGGCCUGGAGAAGAUGCAGGCCCACAGUGCCAAAGCCAUGACUGCACGUGCCGAGGCUAAGGCCCUUGUGAAGUCCAAGGAGAUUAAGCCCAAGAUCCCAAAGGGCAGCAGCCCCAAGCUCAAUCGAAUAGCCUACACCGCUCACCCCAAGCUUGGGGAAUGUGUUCAUGCCCGCAUUGCCAAAGGUCUCAGGCUCUGCUGGCCAAAGGCUAAGGCCAAGGCUCAAACCAAGGCCCAGACUGCAGCUGUGACCCCAGCUCUGGCUACUGCUCCUACCUCAGCAGUGCAGGCUCCCAAAGGUGCCCAGGCCCCCACCGAGGCUCCAGUGCUGGGCUUCCGUGUACACGGGCCUGGUGUCCUCCUGUGCUGUUUGUACAAAUAAACCUGC